CAGACGCAAAAGGGGAGAGGGAGGAGAGAGAAGAAGGGAUAUAGCCUACGUAACUAGAACCUUAGUUGUAUCAGCGGAAGACGCGAACCUUGAUAGUGACUAACACAAUUUGUCGUUUGCAAGAACCCCGUCAGAACUGCGGAUGAAAAUAUGGAUUAACGAAUUAGGCAAUUCACCGAAUGUAACGCCGUCAACCUUAUAGCCAACGCAACUAAAGGCGGCCGGUUAAUGCUCUGUAGGUUAAACUGUGGCGUCACUCGCGAGAUCUGCUUUAAUGCCAUUGCAAUUGAAUCUGUAAACUCUAACAAUCAUAGAACACAGUCAAGGUGGUGUUAAUAUAGACUAGGCCUACUUACUGCCAGAGCAUCAUCUGAAGAAAAUUGGUAUGCAGUUUCAUGUUCACAGUGGAUCACUGGAUUGAGACGGUCGACCAACUGCCCUCUAGUCUACUGUGGGGGAGUUACAGAGCCUCUGUUGCCCCGGCACCGGUUGGUUUGAGACGCUUACCAUCAGAAAUGUUUUCACAAACACUUGGCUCCUGAUGACCAGAUUGAACUGACCAAGCCAUACAGCAACUGAGAGAAAGAGGAUACUCAGCACUAGCAACACAGAGAAACUGCCCUACAGAUCAGGAAUAAUGUCUUCCAGGGAGCGCCGUUCAGAUCUCUACAUUAAAGCGGAGCCCAGCAGCCCCGAGGGAGCCGGCGGGGGCCGCGCCAGUCCCGGUGGAGCCUCGUCCGACUCGUCCCAGAGCGGCGGCGGAGGGACCCGUGGAGACGGCACCGGUCGUUAUUCGCCGCCGCUCUACACACCUGCGCUGCGCUGCCACUUCAAAGAGGAGGCCGGGGACGGCGCCGAGGAAGGGUCCACGGGCAGCGGAGGUGGACGGUGCAAGUACGCCCUGAGCACCUUGCCCAAGAGGCUCUGCCUAGUGUGUGGAGAUGUGGCGUCGGGCUAUCACUACGGGGUGGCCUCGUGUGAAGCCUGCAAGGCCUUUUUCAAGAGAACAAUACAAGGUAACAUUGAGUACAGCUGUCCGGCAUCCAACGAGUGUGAGAUCACAAAGCGACGCAGGAAGGCCUGCCAGGCUUGCCGUUUCACCAAGUGCCUCAAAGUGGGCAUGCUCAAAGAGGGAGUGCGCCUUGACCGAGUGAGAGGAGGGCGGCAAAAGUACAAGCGACGUCCCGAAGUGGAGAACGCCACGUACCAGAGUGCUCCGAUACCACUGAGGAAAGAGGGAGAGAAAGGCUCCUCCAACAUCAUCGUGUCCCACCUGCUGGUGGCCGAGCCAGAGAAGCUCUUCGCCAUGCCGGACCCGCUGCAGGCGGACACGGCCCAGCGGACCCUCACCACGCUCUGUGACCUGGCAGACAGGGAGCUGGUGGUCAUCAUCGGCUGGGCCAAACACAUCCCUGGCUUCCUGUCCCUUUCGCUGGCCGACCAGAUGUCCGUGCUGCAGUCGGUGUGGCUGGAGGUGCUGGUGCUGGGCGUGGCCUACCGCUCGCUAGGCUGCGAGGACGAGGUGGUGUUCGCCGAGGACUUUGUCCUGGACGAGGAGAUGUCCCGCGUGGCGGGCCUGACCGAGCUCAACGCCGCCAUCAGCCAGCUGGCACGGCGUUUCCGCUCCCUACAGCUGGACCGUGAGGAGUUCGUCAUGCUCAAGGCCAUAGCCCUUACCAACUCAGACUCGGUGUACAUCGAGGACAUGGAGGCGGUGCAGAAGCUGCGCGACCUGCUGCACCAGGCCCUGUUGGAGCUGGAGAGCCAGCGGCGGCCCGAGGACCCCCAGCGCGCCGGCCGCCUGCUCCUCACGCUGCCCCUGCUGCGCCAGACUGCCGGCCGCGCCCUCACCACCUUCUACGGGAUCAAGACCCGCGGCGGCGUGCCCAUGCACAAACUCUUCCUGGAGAUGCUUGAGGCCAUGAUGGACUCGCCCUAGAGCAAAACACUCCAAGCUCCAGACCGAUGGACGGACGGACUGAUGGAUGGAGGAAGGAGAACUUGUGAGAGGUGGUCAUACCUUCGUGGAAGGCUGACCAGUUGAUCCCUUUUUUUUAACGUGGCUGGCUGGAUGGAUAGUGAUCAUGGCGCUAUGAAAGAACAUUUGACUUAUGGCAUAAAAGGUUUGUUAUGAAAGACCCCAUGAUGUGUGUUUAAGGCACACACUAUAGCUGUCAAACUCUUACCCUUGUGUAGUCCUGUGGAAGAAGAGGCAAACUGCAGCAAAUAUUACAGUAGAUGAGUGCUUAAAGCCAUACUCCAUACUCUUUCAACCUAAUCUCCAGCCGCCAGCUGUAUCUUUCGGACACCAUUGGGCCACUGAUUUUAUGUGUGGGGUAGGAGGAGGAACAUCCCAAUUAACUUUUGUGACAAUUGACAGAAUGCUGCAAUGGCUGGUAGAGAUUAGUUUGGUGUGUGUGAAAUGUCACUUUGAAUUCCUUCUCUUCACAUUUUAUUCAGAUUAGUCAGAUGUUCAUUUACAAUGUUCACUGGGCACUUUUUGUUAGAUAUUCUGACAUUGAAAUAAAAACGCAAUCCUGCAGUUAGGAAAGAAGCAAUAUAAAGUAACGGUGCACCAUAUGUUUCCCUUUUUGAAAUUCUAAACAGGCUUUACUUAAUCGACCCUUGCCUCCCCUUGCAAAGGAUGGCAUUCAAUAUGCUGUGAACCCAUCAGAGGUAGCUGUGUAUAAUCUUGUAGAAGUAAUUAUGUAUUCCUGUGUACAGAGAUACACACUAGCAGUAUUUAUAUUAGGCCCCAUUUCAGCUGCAUUUCCACUUAAAAUGUUAAGAAUAUCCUCAAAGACUAGUGUAAAAAAUAUAUGUAACUUCCACUUAAUGCCUACAAAUUAGCUAUUAUUGUACAUUCAAGUCAUAUAAGCAUGAAUGUCGCAAAGUAAAAUGUCAUAUGAUUUUAUUUCUCAAACUAGUGUGAGUGUAUCUUUGUUUGAAGUCAUUACACAGCUUUUGACUGGAACAAAGAAGCAUAGGCUCAACUAAAAACAAACACACAUUUCAAUAGUGUAAAAACCUACAUGCGGCGUGCUUUCAGUAGCUUUUAUAAACACUUUUCCUCUCCCUAAAACAGUAACCUUUUGUAGUAUAGAUGUAUGCAAGAAGUGUAAAAGACAAAAGCACCUUGCUUGUGAUAUGCACAGUUGGGCAUAGACAGGAUCUUUGGAAACCAUUUUGUGUGUCUGGCAGGCAGGAAUCUAGGGACAGAAUACACACUCACACACAGCAUGGUUUACAUGUGGGUAUAUGUGUGAAACAGAAUAGUAUGGCAAAUGUUAAACCAGAUGCAAUACUUUUAAAAGCAAUAUAACUACAAAACAACUUGUAGAGAGUAAUAAUAGUCAUAACGUUGUGGAUAGUGCAGUUUCAGUUUAUUAAGCUGAGAGGAAAUAAAGGAGCAAGCUUGGUGAAGGGAAUUGCCACCUUUGUGUUCUGCAGUCCUCAGACGCAAACCAGAUAGACACUGACCUCACCCAUCGUCCUUGGCAGUGGGGGAGUGAGUAAUCAGUUUCCUCUUUUGGGAUGGAAGGACGAUAACAAGCUCCUCUGUGCAACAUUCAGCAAUGUUAUGUGCACCGUCCAGAGAUGAGUGUCCUCUGAAAGGAAAAGAAAUGCACCGUGUAACAUGAGUUUUGGUAGACUGAAUCCGACAUGGAUUGCUUGCACACAGCAAAUGUUUGAGUCCAAAAAGGGAACACCAUGAUUGUCAACUCAGAUAUCUGUCUGUAUAUAUUAGCAUAAAAUAGUCACAAUAGUUUUAUUUAUACCGAGAGUUGUUAAAGUAGAGUAGGGGUUAGUGUGUGUUGUGUGUGUGAGUGUGUGAAAGAGAGAGAGAGAGAGAGAGAGAGCAAGUUAGUACACUGUAUAGUACACAGCGAUUCCACUGUGUUGUAUAACCGAUGAUGGUGCAUCAAGAUCAGGGAAAUUGCAAUCCCAGGCCCUGUAGGCGAGGUGGCAUCAGCCCCUGGAAUCUAUUGGAUCUUUUCAGAACUUUUCAGAGGAGCCUGUUUAUUCAAAGAGGAAAUCAGAAUGGAUAAUCAGCUUUGGACCUCCGAAAAAAUAUUAACGCGAUGAAGUUUUUUUUUUUUUUUUUUUUUUUUUUGAUAUUUGGAUUA